AUGGACUCUCAGCUCCUUGUCGCCGCUCAAGUAUCAUCACUCUUUCCCCCCACGUCCUGCACUAAUUUUGCGGUGAACACUAAACGUCCCGACGUGCCUCUUACACCUCCUUCGGACUCGGAGCAUGCUACGUUUGCUGAGAUAUUCUACCACGAAGUCACCGGGUCAAUACUCUUUCGCGCUAUUCACGAUGCACAAGUCCUGGAGCUUACUUCUCUCUCGACCGACGCGCCGCCUCUACGUCUCGUCUUUCCCUCAGCUGUCUUGCCCAGCCCGUCGUUGAUGUUUAGUCCACAAAGUCUUCACGUACUCGCGGUCACUACCUUCGGAUCGCUAUUUCGACUGGUCAUACCGUUUUCCGAAGGCGGGCCACUAUGGCAAACUACUCCUCAUAGCGCGAUACGAACCAGCGAGUAUAGCAUUGCCAAGCUAAAAGGGGACUUCAGCUCUGCGGUGGCUCAUGCACAGGACCUGCGCUGCGUGGUGCUUGGUCUUCAAGACGGGUGUGUGCUGCGUUUGGAGACAGAUGAUAUUGCGAGCGAAGACUGGCAGAAUGGCAAGUACAUCCGGCAAUGGGAAGAAACGCUCCACCAUCACAGCUCCUUCCUGAACUCCCUUACCUCCUUCCUACACCCCGCCCUCCCUGGCGGAUCCCAGGUGAUCUCGAUCGCCUCCCACCCGCAGCUCACAGAUACAGGCCAUGUCUGGACGCUUUCCCGGGAUCGCACACUUCGCUUGUGGACGACCGCCACAGGCUGCGUCUCUGAACGGGUCCUGCCUUCCGCGUCAUCCGGGAGACAUCCCGCAGGUGCUCCAAGCUCGUCGGCGAAUGGCGUACGAGCCGCUGUCCUUUUGCAUGCAAGCCCGCAGAGGCUGCUACGCGUCUUUACAUCGCCAUGGUCGGAAGUACCCUGUGUUCUGGCCUUCGUUCCCACGGACGCCUCUCCGGUGUCUGGAGGGUUCUUCCUGCUCUUCGACGUCAUCAAUGAGCACAUUCAUGAUGCACAAGACAUCCAGUGCUCUGAAAUGAGCGUGCACUGCCACCUCCAGGAUUUCGUCAUUGUCAGAACCACGCUGUAUGCGUUGUGGGACCGGCAGGGCCAAUCCAUGGUGGAGAAAAUCGAGCUGUCCGCCGAUGGCGUGGCAAGGCCGUGGACGUGCAUAACUUAUCCUCCAGAACCUGAACUCACACCGGCAUAUCUAGACGAGUUGCUGCUUUCUCCGGGUGCAAUGACGGACAAAUUCUUCGAAGCCGUAAUGCGACCCGGGGUCUUUUCUGCUUGGACGCUACAUAUGGCCAUCUCACAGUACACUGACGCGUGUUUAAGCAUACCUGGAGCUCCCGCCGCCCCUCUGCUCGUCUCCUACGCAACCACCGCCGAGAAUAUCGCCGCAGUAGUCGGAUGUACGGUUAAGCUUCUCAGGGACCCACAAACUGGAGCCCCGCAAUACGAUAACUACUGGAAUGCCUUGAAGCGCGACUGGGAGGGGUUUGUCGCUCGCUGCCGCGAGAUUGAGCGACGAGCGCGGUGGCCCCUUGCGAUUGGCGCAGGAGAUCCGAAGGGUGACGUCCUCGUUGUCGAACGUGAACGGAUCGGUUCUGUCGUGACCGAGGAUCUCCCGCUGCGGCUACAUCGAAUGUUAUCGCAACCACGACAUGCGACCUUGGAACCCCAAUUCUCGGUUUUGGACGCCUUGUGGAUGUUACGAUCGAAGCUGGGACCUCGUGCGAUUAUGUCAUCGGAGAUACGUGUCGUAGACAUUCUACGGCAGGAGAUCGCUUUCCCAUACGCUGAUAUCAUACAAGACACCGCCCAGCGGUUGGACUUAAGGAGCGAAAUCGACGAUGGUGUUAACAUCUGGAUUUCUGGACGCCUCCAGAGCGUGGGAAACCUCGAGGACGCUUCAAGAUUUAUCCUGGACAUUGUCGGUGGGUUUGAUAGGGACGUCAAGAGGGAGGAGGACGAAGUUGAGCUCCUCUUACCACCCACUAACCUGGAAUGGAGCAGAGCUCUCACUGCGGCGUAUGCUACAAGUUCGAUCAACGCUCGUUAUGAUCUUGCCCUCGCCUUGAUUAUGCUCCUAUUCUACCACGCGGAUGCCGUGCACCAAUGGGAACCUUCGUUAUUGGCGGAAAUCUUCGUUGUGUUUCGGGGAGUCGCACUGUUGCGCUACACUUCGCGCCAGCCGGCAGGCUCUGCAGCUCCUUCACCCCGCGAAACAAGCACCGACGAGGACGUAAUUGCGAAGUUGCGCAACAUGAACGUAUCAACCACCAGGGCCACGCUCGAGCCGACUCACUCUCUGCUACAUCCGCUUCUCAUCCAGCUCGGCACGUCGACCGGAUUGCCAUGCGCGGCUCAUCACUUCCUCGAUGCCACUGGUAUGCUGCAGUCUCUGUCACCAGCACACGCUACGAAGUACGAGGUUCUGUUCUGCGAGCGGCUUCGCCUACUUGGCUAUCGCGAAGCCGCCAGGGAGGUGUUGACCUGGCUACCUCGCACACCUGCGAUGAGCUAUGUGCUGCUUAGGGUUUGGCUGGAUGAAGGUCGGUAUGAAGACGCGGCUGCUACGCUUGAGAGUUUGGCCGGUGCCUUUGGUCCGGAGAGCGGUCUAUCUAUGGAGGAUCGGGAAGCACUUGCGGCUGUCCUGCCCGGCGCCGAGUUGUUCAACUCGCCGUUCACAUUCUACUUGCAUGCUGCCUCCCUCUUUAAAGUGGAGAGUGUGGUGACAUACGAGGUCUCUUUCACGCAGCUUGCCCUGUCUGUCGCGCCGCUUGGAGUAGACACAGUUGCGCUAUGGCAGACUGCCAUCAAAGGCCUCACGGAUCUCGGCUUGUACGACGACGCAUACACGGCCCUAACCUCAUGCCCAUAUGAGAAGCUCAAACGAGACAGCGCAAGCCAGCUGGUCUACAGGAUGUGCGAAGAACAUGCGGUGGACCGCCUUAUGACAUACAGCUUUGCCGGAGUUACCGACGAAGUCGAAGAUGCGCUUUCGUUCAAGGCGCGUAACGCGGACCCUCGUAUUCGACCCUUCUAUUCAAGAAUUCUCUACACAUGGUACAUUGACCGCGGAGACUACAGAAAUGCCGCGUUAACCAUGUACCAACGCGCUAGGAAGCUUGGGAAUGUGAUCAGCGGCAAUCCAGAUCAAUUCCUAAGUCUUGCCGAGCUGCAGCUCGAGGCAUACCUUGUCUGCAUUAAUGCUUUGUCUCUAAUCGACCCUAAGGGCGCUUGGUUUAUUCUUCCCAUUUCAGCUGAGAACAGUAGCGAAAGACGCAAACUUGCAAAACACAUUCCACAGGACAAGUACUCGAUCGCCAGGCGCGACGUGGAGGUCGUUGAACUUGCCGACGUUCAGUACGAAUUUGCUUUGCUCGAUGCCCAGGCUCAGCUCCUCCGUAAAAACCCAGCGCUUCUUGGCUCUCUAGAACUGCUGCUUUCACCCGCGAAUGUUGUGCUGAAGUUAGCACAAACUAACCAGUUUGAUCGUGCUAUUGCGGUGGCAAAAAGUCUUGGUGUCGACAUGACCGAUGUCUUCACGCACCUGACAAUGCAGUGCAUGCGAUUGACUCGGCGCCCGGAGUCUAUUUUAGGCGAUGAUCCCUCAGAUUGGUUACUCACGGACAAGGUUUCGUCGUGGUCUGGGACAUCCGCGGAUCGAGGCUGGCGUUAUCUUCGCCAAGCUCUGGAACGCCACGAUAGUCCGCAAACAGGGUACAUUUACAGUAAAAUUACGCUGGAAACAGUAUGGGGUCUCGACCGGACCUCGUCACCACCACCAUGGCUCGUUCGCAUACUGCAGGAGAACCAUCCGGAGUUCCUUAUCCGUACGUGCCUCCGGUAUGAGAUCAUGGAUGCAGCGUUGUCGUAUACUAUCGCAAUGAUACAAAAGGAUGACUCGCGACUGGCGCGCGGACAACCACGUUCUGCUGCUUCAACGUGGUUGCCAUACGCCCUCAUCGACCAGGUGCUUCUCGCCGCCGAGUCGCAGGACGCCCUGUCAGUUCGUGUCCAGGACCUGCGCAAGCAGCUGCGUACUGUCAUAUCGACCCGAAUGAAGCAUGUCGACAAGCUCGCUGCCGAGAGCAGGCCAGCGGUCUGA